AUGUCUUUAGAGAAAUGGGCUGGAGUUGAAGUUUUUGAUACUUGCCCGCCAUCACCUCAGUCUUUUCUGGACUUAGCUGAAGGAAGUGAGGGUUUUGUUGCCACCGAUGAGUGUUUAGUUGACGGUCUAGUGGUGAGUAAUAGAGUAACUAAGACUGGGAAGAGUAGUAAACGUAAAAAGAAAGGACUGCCUAAGUAUGUUAAGCAUAAAGAACUGUAUGAACGUGAUUAUUCUAAGCUAACUCAAAGACAACUACUAAUGGUACUUAGACAGCAAGGCUUAGAAACAGAGACUAUUAAAGAAUGGGAUAAGGAGACUAAACUUCUACUCCCGGGAACUUUAGCUGAGAAAAGAACGAAUGAGAAACGCAUAGUUGGAAGUAGAUCUAUACGUAAACGCAAGGGACCUUUACCCCCUCUUAAGAAGCAUAGUCUGCCUAAGUUUACGACUAAACCGGCCGAAGUAAGUGGCGUAGGACAUUCAUCUACUACGACUACUGAAAGUACAACUGAACUUAGAGACACAAGUAGAGUUGGGGUUAGUAUUGGGUUAAGUAAAGCUCAAUUAUACAGUUGUACUUAUGGUGAGUUAUUGAGUUUAGUAAGUAAAGAGAUUAAUCGGCAUACGUGUUCUAUUCAACCGGCCUUACGUACAUUAGAGAAACGGCUUAAGACUAUUAUUAGUCAUCCGCAUGAGUAUGCGCAUCUUCAUACACCCAGUGCUCUUGCGGCCAAUCAAACGCACUUUAAUAAUCUCAUUCAAUCCCAGUCUACUUGCUGCCAGCAAACUUCUCGUCCGCACUUAAUGACUCCGGCCAUUCAGCCACUUAAUGUCUAA